CAAGGCGAAUUUAAAGAACGCGUGAUUUCGCCAAUCAGAACAAACGCCGCUUUUUAUCAAAAACAAAAAUAUUUAAUUUUUUUGAUUAAAAAUGAGUGCUUCUCCAGCGAAGAAACCAAAAUUUGCUAAUUCUAAACACAAGUUUUAUGCCAAACAGAAUAAGCGGUUAUACUUGCAGGCAGGACACCGUGGAUUUAUGGCCACUUGCAAUUUCCGUGAAAGAGAUUGUUUACGUGAAGCUUAUAAUCUGCUCAACCACUAUGCCGAUGAGUUGUAUGGUCCGCCCGAAAAGAACGAAAAGGAUCCGGCAUUGGACGAUGCAGUUGAGACUGAAGAAAAUAAUGAUAUAACAGACGAUUUACAAAGAGAGGUCGAUGCUACAAAAGUAAAAAAACAAAAUAGGGAUUUGGCUAGACAACGUUUUCAAGCCGUGGAUACAGGAGCAACAAAUUGCAUAUUUGUACGCACUUCUUUACCAGACCCAGUGGAAUUAGGCGCACGUAUUAUCACCGAUAUUGCACGAACGCGAGAGCAGAAAACUCGUUUCUUGCUACGAUUAGUACCUGUAGAAGUGGUGUGUCGCGCAAAUAUGGUAGAUAUUAAAAACGCUGCUGGUGAACUGUUUGAUAAGUAUUUUUUAAAAAAGGGCACCACAUUUGCCAUUGUUUUCAAUAAACGUUACAACAAUGACCUGAAACGUGAUGAUAUUAUACGUGAUCUAGCAGCACUUGUAGAAUCAAAGAACAUAAAAAAUUCUGUAGACCUUAAGCAAGCCGAAAAAACUAUAUUGGUUGAAGUGAUAAAGGGGUUGUGUUGCAUAUCGGUACUGGAUGGAUAUUUGAAAUAUAAAAAAUUUAAUUUGGUAGAAUUGGCAAAUGGUAAGGAAAAUAACUCGGCGGAACCAAAAGAUAGCAAGGACAAUGGAGUAAUAUCGCAAGCUACUGAGGCCAAUGAAACGGAAGAGAAGCAAAAUACCGUGGAAAACGAUACUAAACAAAAUACAGAUAACAAAUCGUAUGAAAAAGAUGAUAAACAAAAUAUUGAAAACGCAAAACCAGGUAGCUUAAAUGAUAACAAUGAUAAACGGGUUGCUGAAUCCGAUAAUUUAGAUAAAAAAGCUGAAGCAGCAAAGUAAGAAUAAAUUGAAAAGUGGGAAACUGAUUUGUAAUGAAAUAUUUUUU